CUGAUGUAUGGGCCUCAUUCGCGUUAACCAUUUGUGAGGAGAACACACACCAAAAUGUCUGCCGAUGCCCUAACUCCCCCGAGUGGCGUGCCCCUCCCAGACAAACCUAUUCCUUUGGAUGACCCCUCAGAGUAUCGCCCGGAGCACAAAAAGAUAGAAGAUUUCCGAAAUUUUAACAUCCACACCACUCCUGCACAUGUGGUAGAGACAUACAGGCAGAUGCAUACACAUCAGACUCUGGCGUAUGUGAAAAAGAAGAUGGAAUACUGGGGAAAGUUCAACCACGCUGAAAUGACAAUGAUGGAGGCUCUUGCAUGUUUGAAUUCUUUCAAAGACGAAAGUGACCCGGAUGUAGACAUUCCAAAUGCCUAUCACGCAUUCCAGACUGCUGAGGGGAUUCGAGAAAAGCACCCAGAUAAAGAAUGGUUGCAAGUUACAGGACUUAUUCACGACGUAGGCAAAGUAAUGGCCCUAUGGGGAGAGCCCCAGUGGUCCACAGUGGGAGACACUUUCGUCGUCGGCUGCGCUCCAGACGACAACAUAGUUUUUGGGCGGGAAAGUUUUAAAGAUAACCCUGAUAUGGAGGACGAAAAGUUGAAUACGAGGCUCGGGAUUUACGAGGAAAACUGUGGAUUAGACAAGGUAUUAAUGUCCUGGGGACACGAUGAGUACAUGUACCGCGUGCUUCUCAAUCAUCCACACAAUCUUCCAGAAGAAGCUCUCUUUAUCAUACGUUUUCAUUCCUUUUAUCCCUGGCAUACUUGCAACGCCUACAGUUACCUAUGCAGCAACAAGGACUUGGAGAUGAAGAAGUGGGUGUUGGAGUUCAAUCAGUUCGACCUGUACACUAAACGCUCCGAUCUCCCCGACGUGGAAAACCUCACCAAGUACUACUCAAAGCUUGUAGAAAAGUAUGUGCCAGGAAAAAUCCGGUUCUAAAAACUAUUUUUUUUAGGAAGAGACGGAUAAUGAAUCAUAUGCAGUUUUAUGUGUUUGAAAAAAGUUUCAGGGUUUAUGGAAUUCUUUAACUUUCUUUAUAUUCAUUCUGUGAAUGAGAUGUUGCCUUUUAUGCGUAUUAUGCAUUGUUAUGGUUAGUGAAUAUUUUAGAAACUCCUGCCAUGCGAGUGAGUUCAAUAAUUACUUCAAUGUACAUAUCUAAUUUACACAGUUUAAAGAGGAAAUAAAGUACGUUCAAUUAACAAAAGAAUAAAACCUUGCAAUAUAGAAA